AUGACAGCCAUCAAGACAGUCUCCAGCAUUGAGAAUACAACAGUGGCUAGCCUGCUGCCUAAUGGCUACAAAUUCAAGUGGGGCAAAAGCAGACACACAUCCCUGAUACAAGCUGCCAAGUCGGGGCACUAUGCAGUGGUCAAACAGUUACUUGAAAAGCAUACGAAUGUAAAUCGAUCGAAUGACUUUUUUCGCACGCCACUCUCCUUUGCUGCAGAGGGUGGACACGAGGCCAUACUGGAUCUAUUACUUGAGAAUGGCGCUGAAGUUGAAAUUCCACUGUCAGUUCGAGCACCGCUGGGCAAAUCAGCACGGUCGCCUCUUUCUUUUGCUGCAGGGGCUGGAUAUGAAGCAGUAGUAAGGCGAUUAUUGAACGAAGACGCGAACAUACACUCAACAGAUUGUUCAGGGCGAACAUCAUUAUCAUGGGCGGCGGGCGGCGGACACGAAGAUAUAGUAAAACUGCUCCUUACAAAAGGAGCUGACGUCGAAUCAUCGGAUGAGUCUGGACGGACAGUCUUGUCAUGGGCUGCGAGAAACGGGCAUGAAGGGGUAGUAAGACUCCUCCUACAACAUGGCUGUGAUGUCAACACGAGCGAUCAGAAAGGAUUCCCACCUUUGUUUUGGGCCAUGAAUGAAGACCAUGAGAAUGUUGCCAGUCUCCUUGUUGAGAAUGGUGCGAUCACCAGGAGUGAAAAUAGUAUUGGAAGCGCAUACAUAUGCAUGGCUCAAAUCAAGGGACAGGAAACACUGGUCAAAGUACUUCUUGAUCAUGACGCCGGGCUAGAAAGUGCCGAUUGUUUCGGUCGGACCCCAUUGCUAUGGGCUGCAGAAACUAGGCGAUUUUCAAUUGUGAAGCACGCCAUUGACAAGGGUGCUUACGUCGAGGUUAAAGACAUGGAAAACCGGACACCGCUGUGGUGGGCUGUCAACAAUCAACACGAGGAGAUGACCGGCCUUCUCAUCGAAUAUGGAGCAGAUAUAGAGAAUCGGGAUAGAAGCAAUCGAGCCCCGUUGUUGCUGGCUUCAGAGGCUCAUCAUGUAGGUCUGGUUCGACUUUUGGUUGAGAAAGGUGCUAUUCCGGAUAUUGAGGAUGCCCAUGGUAGGACCCCGCUGAUGUGGGCCAUCAUGUAUGGGGAUGAGAGCCUGGUGAGUAUUUUAUUGGAGAGAAAUGUUGGCUUGGAAAGUGAGGAUAGAGUGUAUGGGCGGACGGCCCUGCUGUGGGCUGCAAGGAAACGGCAUUCAAGCGUCCUGAAGCUACUGCUCGACAAAGGUGCUUGUAUUGAGGCCCUUGAUAAUGACGGUCAAACGGCGUUGUCCAUUGCAGUAAAAUACGACUUCCAGGAAGUGGUCAUGAUUCUCCUCGAGAAAGGUGCGGAUGUCGGGGCUCUAGAUUUUUAG